AUGAACGUACAAACGAGACACCCUUACGAGGGUCUGUUGCACAAGUAUACAAAUGCUAUGAAAGGCUGGCAAUAUCGUUGGUUCAUUCUGAGCCCCGAAACCGGUGAGCUGCAUUACUUCCUUAGUGAAUCCGAGAAGAAUCAGAGACCUCGAUGUUCGAUAUAUCUAGCAGGGGCAGUGAUAGCUCCCAGCGAUGAGGAUUCAAACACAUUCACGGUUAACUCUGCUACAGGUGACAUGAUCAAGCUGAGGGCCACUGAUGCACGAGCUCGUCAGGAAUGGGUAGACAAGCUGCGAGCUGUUACGGAAAUGUAUACCAGGGCUAUAGCCAGCAGCCAUCCUCCCUUACCUCCUCGAGAACAUUCGGGAAAUUCGAGUAGGAAUCCUGUCGUUAAGUUGGAAGUACUGGAUGCUUUUGCCAAUUGCCAAGAACAAUUGAGGAAAGCAGAGAAGUAUAAUCUUGCUUUGGCACAGUCCAUUGAGAACUCAGAUCUGCACCUAGAUCCAGAUCUCUUAGUUCUCAAAGCAACAGCGCACACAACUCUGCACACAUUGAACCAAUGUCUCAAUAUUUUGUAUCAGUAG